GUUCCACUCGUCCGCCACACUGUAUUUACAAACGUAAACUUACGAUUAGUUACCGUCAGCUCCGGCUCGUGUUUAAGUUAUGGCUGCAAAAACAUCAAUAAAUAGUUUAAAAAGAACUUUUUCUGACCGCAACAGUGAUUCAGAAAAUGAAAGUGAUAACCACAUUAUAGCCUACAGAAGUAACCCAGAUGCACCACGUCUAUGCCCAUACCUAGAUACUAUCAACAGACAAUUCUUGGACUUUGAUUUUGAAAAAUUGUGUUCCGUUUCACUGUCUCGUAUAAACGUCUACGCUUGUUUAGUAUGUGGGAAAUAUUUUCAAGGAAGAGGAACAAAUACUCAUGCUUACACUCACAGUGUAGCAGAAAGUCAUCAUGUAUUUUUGAAUCUUCACACGUUGAAAUUUUACUGUCUACCUGACAAUUAUGAAAUCGUUGAUUCGUCUUUGGAUGACAUCAAGUAUGUUUUGAAUCCAACCUUUGGAAGAGAUCAAAUAGCGCAGCUUGAUACCAGUGACAAGCAGUCGAGAGCAAUUGAUGGGUCAAUGUAUUCUCCGGGUAUCGUUGGAUUGAAUAAUAUCAAAGCCAAUGACUAUUGCAAUGUUAUCUUACAGGCAUUAUCUCACGUAACUCCUCUGAGAAAUUAUUUUUUACGUGAGUCAAAUUACUCACAUGUGAAAAGACCACCUGGAGACUCGUCGUAUCUUCUUGUACAGAGAUUCGGGGAGUUGAUGAGAAAAUUAUGGAACCCACGUAAUUUUAAAGCACAUGUUAGUCCUCAUGAAAUGCUGCAAGCUGUCGUCUUGUGGAGUAAAAAGUGUUUUCAAUUUACUGAGCAAAGUGAUCCGAUUGAUUUCCUGUCGUGGUUUCUGAAUGCGCUACAUAUCGCAUUGAAUGGCAGUAAGAAAGGUGACUCGAGUAUCAUCUACAAGACGUUUUUGGGGCAAAUGAGAAUAUAUACUAGAAAAAUUCCGCCACUUGAGUUAGAGGAGAGCCAAAGAAGUGAAUUAUUGAACACAGUUGAGUACGGAGAGACUGUUACAGAAAGCCCGUUUUUGUAUUUAACAUGCGAUUUACCUCCACCACCGCUUUUCAAGGAUCCCUUUGAUGAAAACAUCAUCCCCCAGGUCAAUCUGUACUCUCUUCUCAAUAAAUUUAAUGCAGUCACGGAAAAAGAGUACAAAACUUAUAAAGAAAAUUUUAUGAAGAGAUUCGAAAUCACAGAGCUGCCGCCUUAUCUGAUACUCUACAUAAAAAGAUUUACCAAGAACACAUUUUUCGUGGAAAAAAAUCCUACGAUUGUUAAUUUCCCUGUCAAGAAUGUUGAUUUCGGGGAUAUUCUGACUCCGGAAGUAAAAGCGAGGCAUCCGUACACAGUGUAUGACUUGGUUGCAAAUAUUGUCCACGACGGUGAGCCAGGUCAGGGAACUUAUAGAGUUCACAUUUUACAUCGCGCUACUGGUCAGUGGUAUGAAAUGCAAGAUCUCCAUGUCACACAGAGCUUACCGCAGAUGAUAACACUCAGUGAGGCUUACAUACAAAUUUAUGAACUAAGAAAAAGUGACAGUACAGAGAAUCGGAUUGUGGGUAGAUAAUGACUGAGUGAAUUUUUGUAUGUUUAAAUAAAAUUUAAAACAUUUUAUAUAAUUCUUGAGUUAA